ACUCACGCUCUGGAGGCUGGGAGUCCAGGAGGGCAGGGUGGCAUGAGAGGGCCUUUUUGCUGGGUCAUCCCGUGACAGAAGGCAGAAGAGGGUGAGAGGCCCAGWAGUGCCUGGUUCAAGAUGGGGUCCCAGGUCUCGGCGGACACGGGAGCCCUGCACGUGGUGAUCGUGGGCGGGGGCUUCGGGGGGAUCGCGGCUGCCAGCCAGCUGCAGGCGCUGAACAUCCCCUUCCUGCUGGUGGACAUGAAGGACUCCUUCCACCACAACGUGGCUGCCCUCCGGGCCUCCGUGGAGAGUGGGUUUGCCAAAAAGACGUUCAUUUCCUACUCAGUGACCUUCAAGGACAACUUCCGACAGGGCCAGGUGGUCGGGAUAGACCUGAAGAAUCAGACGGUGCUGCUGCAGGGUGGUGAGGCCCUGCCCUUCUCCCAUCUUAUCCUGGCCACGGGCAGCAGUGGGCCCUUCCCUGGCAAGUUUAAUAAGGUCUCCUGUCAGCAGGCGGCCAUCCAGGCCUAUGAGGACAUGGUGAAGCAGGUCCAGCGCUCACGGUUCAUCGUUGUGGUGGGAGGUGGCUCCGCUGGAGUGGAGAUGGCAGCAGAGAUUAAGACAGAAUACCCUGACAAAGAGGUCACUCUCAUUCACUCUCAAGUUCCCCUGGCUGACAAGGAGCUCCUGCCCUGUGUGCGGCAGGAAGUGAAGGAGAUCCUCCUCAGGAAGGGCGUGCAGCUGCUGCUGAGUGAGCGGGUGAGCAACCUGGAGGAAAUUCCUCUCAACGAGUAUCGCGAGUACAUCAAAGUGCAGACAGACAAGGGCACGGAGGUGGCCACCAACCUGGUGAUUCCCUGCAAUGGCAUCAAGAUCAACAGUUCUGCCUACUCUAGUGCAUUUGAGAGCAGGCUGGCCAGCAACGGUGCUCUGAGAGUGAAUGAGUUCCUCCAGGUGGAGGGCUACAGCAACRUCUAUGCCAUUGGCGACUGUGCUGACGUGAAGGAGCCCAAGAUGGCCUACCACGCAGGCCUCCAUGCCAACGUCGCUGUCACCAACCUCGUCAACUCCAUGAAGCAGAGGCCCCUCAAGGCCUACAAGCCAGGUGCGCUGACGUUCCUCCUGUCCAUGGGCAGAAACGAUGGCGUGGGCCAGAUCAGUGGCUUCUACGUCGGUCGGCUCAUGGUGCGGCUGGCCAAGAGCAGGGACCUGUUUGUCUCCACGAGCUGGAAAACCAUGAGGCAGUCCCCACCCUGAUGGGAAGGCCAAGUGGCAGACGUGUCACUACUGCCGAUGAUGACGGGCCUCUGGACAAAAAGCAYCCGGCUGACAAGUGCCAAAGCACAAGGCUCUUCCUGUGGAAUGAGAUGCCAGUGGUGUACUGUCUGGAUGCAUGACGCAUGUAAAACCAAACGCGAGGGGGGCAUUAAAAAGACGUGUCCUAGAGGA